AUGGGAAAGAAGGAUCCCGAAGCCGAGGCGAUGGCCAACCACGUCUCUGGCCAGUCUAACAAACCCAUGUCGCGUCCUGCUCACGCCCUGACCACCGAAGAAGUUGUUCAGGAGCUUAGAGCCAACACCGAUGAUGGUCUGACUCCUGAAGAGGCCAAGGCUCGUCUUGACGAGUAUGGCCGCAACGAAUUCGGCGCCGACAAGGGCGUUCAGCCCCUUAAAAUCUUCAUCGGACAGAUUGCCAAUGCCAUGACCUUGGUUCUUAUCCUGGCUAUGGGUGCAUCUUUUGGUAUUGAAUCGUGGAUUGAAGGUGCCGUCGUAGCUGGCGUCAUCACUCUCAACAUCACAGUCGGCUUCCACCAAGAGUUCAAGGCAGCAAAGACUAUGGACUCCCUCCGUUCUCUUAGCUCUCCUACUGCCCAGGCUGUUCGCGAGGGCAGAAAUGUCACUGUUCCCACUGUCGAGAUUGUUCCCGGCGACAUGGUCGAGUUGAAGACCGGUGACACUAUCCCCGCCGAUGUCCGCAUCGUCGAGGCCGUCAACUUCGAGACAAACGAGGCCCUCCUGACUGGAGAAUCACUUCCUAUCCGAAAGGAGGCUGCUCAGACUUUUGACGACGAGACCGGUCCCGGUGAUCGCUUGAACGUCGCUUACAGCUCCUCAACGGUCACCAAGGGACGUGCCCGUGGUAUCGUCUUCGCUACCGGAAUGUACACCGAGAUUGGCCAGAUCGCUGCCGCCCUGAGGGGUAAGAACUCUCGCCGGCGUGAUGUCAAGCGCAAGGAGGAUGGCUCUGCCUCAUUCGGCCGUUACCUCCAGGCCUGGACCCUGACCCUCUCUGACGCUGUUGGACGCUUCCUCGGAGUGAAUGUUGGAACACCUCUCCAGAAGAAGCUGUCCAAGCUUGCUAUCCUGCUCUUUGGUACCGCUGUUGUCUGCGCCAUGAUUGUCCUGGGAGCCAACAACUUCAACACCACGCAGGAAGUCGUCAUCUAUGCCGUUGCCACUGGUCUUGCCAUGAUUCCCGCUUCUUUGGUUGUCGUCCUGACCAUCACCAUGGCCGCUGGCACGAAGCGCAUGGUUCAACGUCACGUAAUUGUCCGCCAGCUGAGGAGUUUGGAGGCUCUUGGUGGUGUCACGAACAUCUGUUCCGACAAGACCGGCACUCUGACCCAAGGUAAGAUGGUUGUCCGUAAGGCUUGGGUUCCUGGAAAGGGUACCUUCUCAGUGAGCAACACCAAGGAGCCUUUCAACCCUACCGUCGGUGAUCUCGGUCUUCAACCAGCGCAGCCCAAGGACAUCGACUUCCGUAGCCAGGAUGCCGAAGGAGAGGCCAUCUCCAAGCCCGAAGAUAUGAUCCUUGAGAGCAGAGUUCUGACCGACUACUUCAACAUCGCCUCGCUUGCCAACUUGGCAAACGUUCACAAGACGCCUGAGGGUGAGUGGCACGCCCGUGGUGACCCCACCGAAAUCGCAAUCCAGGUCUUCGCCUCCCGCUUCAACUGGAACCGUCUUCGUUUCUCCGGCGACAACAGCCGGUGGAGACAACUCGCCGAGUUCCCCUUCGACUCCGACGUCAAGAAGAUGUCCGUCAUUUUCCAGGAUACCGAGGCUGAAUCCGGCAAGAACUGGCUCUUCACCAAGGGUGCCGUCGAGCGUGUCAUUUCUUCCUGCCCCCAGAUCCAAAUGGGUGACGAGGUUGUCGAGCUUACCAAGGAAAUCGAGAAGGAUAUCCUGUCCAACAUGGAGGCCCUUGCCCGUCUCGGUCUGCGAGUGUUGGCAUUUGCCAGCAAGUCUGACAUUGGUACUGUUGACAACCACGAGAACCUGGACCGGAUGAACUACGAGAAGGACCUUACCUUCCGCGGUUUGAUUGGUCUCUAUGACCCCCCUCGCCCAGAGUCUGCUCCGUCCGUUCAUCAGUUCCACCAGGCCGGUGUCAUGGUCCACAUGUUGACUGGUGACCACCCCGAAACUGCUCGUGCCAUCGCCCUGGAAGUCGGUAUCCUGCCCACCCGCAUGAACGAGAUUUCUUCCGAAGUCGCCAAGACUAUGGUCAUGGCCGCUCACGACUUUGACAAGCUCACCGAUGACGAAAUCGACAAGUUGCCUCGCCUCCCUCUGGUUGUCGCCCGAUGUGCCCCUCAAACCAAGGUCCGCAUGAUUGAAGCCCUGCACAGACGUGGCUGCUUCGUUGCCAUGACGGGUGACGGUGUCAACGACUCCCCCAGUCUCAAGCGCGCUGAUGUUGGUAUUGCCAUGGGUGAGAGUGGUUCAGACGUCGCAAAGGAGGCGUCUGACAUUAUUCUUACUGACGACAACUUUGCCUCUAUCCUUAACGCCGUCGAGGAAGGUCGCCGCAUGUUCGACAACAUUCAGAAGUUCGUCCUGCACGUGCUUGCCUGUAACGUCGCCCAGGCUUGCACCCUGCUUAUUGGUUUGGCCUUCAAGGAUGACAGUGGUCUUUCCGUGUUCCCCCUGGCCCCUGUUGAGGUCAUGUGGAUUAUUAUGAUCACCUCGGGUCUGCCCGAUAUGGCUCUCGGAUUCGAAGUUGCUGCUCCUGAUAUCAUGGACCGGCCUCCUCAGAACAUGAAGGUUGGUGUCUUCACCUGGGAACUGAUGCUCGACAUGUUGGUCUAUGGACUCUGGACCGCCGCUCUCUGCUUGGCGUCCUUCAUCCUGGUCAUGUUCGGCUGGGGCAACGGCGAUUUUGGCGAAAACUGCAACAACUCUUACUCCGAACGCUGCGACACCGUCUUCCGCGCCCGUGCGACCUGCUUCGCCAGUCUGACAUGGUUCGCCCUCUUCCUCGCCUGGGAGAUGGUCAACAUGCGCCGCUCCUUCUUCCGCAUGCAGCCCAAGAGCAAGAAAUACUUCACCCAGUGGUUCUGGGACACCUGGCGCAACAAGCUCCUCUUCUUCGCCAUCAUCGUCGGCUUCGUCACCAUCUUCCCCCUCACCUACAUCCCCGUCCUCAACACCUCCGUGUUCAAGCACGCGCCCAUCACCUGGGAGUGGGGCAUCGUCUUCGUCUGCGCGAUCCUCUUCUUCGCCGGCGUCGAAGCCUGGAAGUGGGCCAAGCGUAUCUACUUCCGCCGACAGGCACACAAGCAGCACGGCGGCAACCCUGACCUCGAGAGCCGCGUGUUCGGCCACUACUACACCAUUGGCGGCGUCGAGCUCGAGUCCUCCCCGACGCUCGGAAGCCGCACCGUCACCAACGAGAAGGAUAUGCGCGAGAAGGGCGGCAACGGGUACUCCAGCGGAGGCAGCCGGUGA